GUCAAUGUCCUAUCCAUUAUUUAAAAAAAAAAAAAAAUGUUUCUGUAGCUUCAACUGGAGGCUCUAAUAGAUCCUGCAUGUUCAGACUUCUUUGAAAGUUUUCAUUGAAUUGUGGAUUUGCCAUAUUGAAUUAGGCUAUAUGACAGCCAGUUCUCCUAAAUGUUUUAUGUCUGUAUUUUGAGAAGCUCUCCAAGCCUCUGCAUCUCAUGAAUUUGAAUGUCGAUUUAAUUUUAUUAAAUAGUCUUGAGUGUAAAUGCGUUCCAUAAUUCUUCAUAUUAACGGUAAUACUCACCGAUAGCUAAUUGUUGCAGUUUGGAGCAAUGGAAUUAAUGUAUCAAACCAAAACCAACGUCUAAACAAAAUACUAUAGGCUAUAUGUUUAAAAGAAAAAAAAAAAGGAAUGUCUAAUUCGCACCUUAUUGUGACGAGACACUGAUUUCCGUGGAAUUGUCGGGCUUGUGUGCGUUCAGUGGCGUGUAAACUCAAAUUGUGCCGUAUUUCUAAAUGUUGUACGUCACACGCAUGACUGUCAUGUUUUAAGUGGGUCUGUAGCCUAUAUAUUGUAGCCUACUACAUCAAAAUCUUGUUUGUCCUAAUUUUUUCACUAACCUUGCGUGUCGUCCGGAACAGGUUGCGAUACAUAUUCACACGCAAAUCUAACAUAGGUGAGAUCUUUUUUCCAUCUGAUUUGAAUAGAUUUCAGGAAGUCAACAAGAUUAAAGAGCAAACUGACAGAUUUUAAACACAGGCUAUUUAAAUAACUGUAAAUGUUUUUUUUUUUUUUUUUUUUUUUUUUUUUUAAUACUGAAUCUCAUUAAUAAGGAUCAAAUGACAACUGAAUGCAUAAAAUCAUGAAAGACAAAUAGUAGAUUUUUUUUUCUUCAUUUAAAACGUUUAAGAUUCAUCUAUCCACAAAGUUGGAAAAACAUUCAAAUUAAACAUCCACAUAAAUCAGCACACAACUUUACCAAAAUAUAGCCUACCACCAAUAUGAACUGACCCAUAUUUAUAGGCCAGGCUUAUUCUUUUAGUUCAUUUUCUUUUUAAAUUCUGGAGGGUCCACUUAGAGGAAUGGCAGAGGGGGUUAUAACAGCCCAUUGGUAAUAUGUUGAUUUCGCAUUCAAGUAAAAAACUUAAUAACAAAGAUUUAUGUGAUGUUUAAAAUAACGUAACUGAUACAUCUAUUUUUGGUGGGUUGGUUUUUAUGUAAAUGGCUCUUAGAUGCUGUGAUGAAGAAAAUGACGUUGUUGAUGCAACAGCCUACAUAUCUUAAAAAAAAAAAAAAAAAAACAAAGAAAAAGAAAAAGAAAAGAAAAGAAAAAACACUUUUAAGCAAAUCGAAAAUUCUGAAACGCUGCAUUAUUAUGCACGUAAGUGACAAUAACCUGAUAGGAAACAUUGUGUUUAGCCCCGACACCUCCUAGGGAUUUCAUUAACAAGCUUUAUGUGGGGUUUUCAAGUUGGCAUGUUCCGAAACCCAAUAACCGAAUAGAGAUUUCAAGCUCCACAUACAGUAUACACAGGGGCUAAUGCAGUAUUUAUGCAAUAGAUUUUUUAGGAUACAGUCGGAUAUCCUGUAUGGGUGUUUAUGUAUUCUCCAUCGUUUCGCAUACCUUGGCGAAAUAUGUAAACGUUUCACCAUACGCCCCAGUGUCUUGCCUUUUAAUUAGAUCCCCGGUGUGCGGAUCAGCUUGGCACCGUCUCUACGUGCGAAACCGGCUGUUUUUUUUUGUUUGUUUUUUGUUUUUUUGCUCCGGGAACCCUGGCCACGGUCCUCGCGCGACUUCACUUCAGCACCGGCGGCGCGGGAAGAAAAUCGAGCCCGGAGUCCAGCUCCUGCUCUUGGGGCAGAUUGUUCUGCACAACUCGAUCGGAUGGAUGACAAUCUAAAUGUUUGGUCACCUACAAACGCACGAGUGUAAUGUUUUGGUCGAUGUGUGAGUUGCUGUGGGAAUGAGACUGCGUGGCAGGGAUUUGGAGGAUUCCACUGUCUCCUGGAUACCAAGCGUCCUGGGUGUGCAGAGUGUCAGGCUACGCCUUCGCCUUGAUCGCCGUGACGACAGGGGAAGGGGCUUUUGGCAACUCAUUGACCUGGAGGGAGAGGAAUCGCAGAGUGGGCGGCGGUUACGAGAUAGGACACCUCCUACUUGUUCACAGAGUCUUAUGAGUAUUCCUGCUGCUGCAUCAGUUCAGUCAGGAGGUGGAGAAAUGCAAUCACCUGGGGCCAUUAGCCCCUCCUUCCUCCAGCCCCCCAGUGGAAAAAUUCCAGGUCGCAAAAGGGGUCGCCCACCCCUGAAAAGACACCCAGAAUAUCAGAGUCACUACCCAGAAUCCCUCCCACCCAUUAAAGUGCCCAAGAAGAGAGGGAGGAAGCCUGGUUUUAAACUGAAGUCUCGCUUGAUGACACCCCUAGCCAUCUCCCCUCCAAGCAGCACCCCAGAGCCAGACAUGAGCUCCAUCCCCCAGGACGCUGCCACUGUCCCGCACUCAGCCACCCCACAGAUCCUCACAGUUUGUAUCUACGUGAAUAAGCUGGUGAACACGGGUCCCAACCUAGACAGGCAGAAGGUGCUGCAGCUGCCGGAUCAUCUAGGUCCGGCGAGGCCCUCUGUGGUGCUGCAGCAGGCAGUACAGGGCUGCAUUGACAGUGCAUUCCAGCAGAAAGCCGUCUUCACCCUGCUCACUGAGGGCUAUGGGGGAGAAAAGAUAUCAGCCACCUUUGAUGGUAAGCAACAUCUUUUGAGCUUACCUGUGGUAAACAGUGUUGGCUACGUCCUGCGCUUCCUCAAGAAGUUGUGUCGAAGCCUGCUGUGUGAGAACCUCUUCAGUGACCAGCCUAUCACCCCUUCAUCAUCCCCCUCUUCCUCAUUCCACAUUGAAAAGCACUCAGACGGGCAGCCCAAGUCAACAAACUCGAUGGUGGAUGACUACCAUGGCGAUUCAAUGGACCCUAAGCGCUAUUCUGUUGACCCCAGUGACUCUGCCUUUGGUGCGAUGUCCUCGCCGUACACAGCUACCAAACCUUCAUAUGGUUUUCGUUCUGGCCCCGCCUACUCUGGAGGUGUGUGCAGGCAAGCAGCCAGUCCCAGCACAUACCAGGAAGGAAACAGAAGUGCCUACAGUCCAUCCACAGAGGGAGGGCCCUGUAAGGACCCCUCCAGGUGGAGUGUUGAUGAGGUGGUGUGGUUUAUCAAGGAUGCAGACCCUCAAGCGCUGGGCCCACACGUGGAUCUCUUUAGAAAGCAUGAGAUUGAUGGUGAUGCUCUUCUCCUUCUGAAGAGUGAUAUGAUCAUGAAGUACCUGGGACUCAAACUGGGCCCUGCUCUCAAGCUGUGCUACCAUAUCGACAAGCUAAAACAGAGCAAGUUCUGACCUGUCUCUGCAACAUCAUAACCCCUGUCCAGAAACACACAAACACUGAUGGAUUUACUCACAGUAUUUACUCUCAUGACACCAGUCCCCCUUUCAUAUACAGGACAUUUUCGUCCUCCAUUCUCUGGUUAUUCAAAGACAAGCUCCAGAUCUUCUAAAAUUUCUCUUGUGUUGAUUGUCUGCCUGUAUUAUGGGACAUUUUACUGACCAGAGCAUUUCCUUAAAGUGUUCAAGCAUUUAAUUGGUCAAUUAACAUUGGAUCACUGCUCUAAUCAAAAGGCUGCAUUCUGUGAUUUAAUUUAUUUCUCCACAAGCAAGUGAGCAGGUGAGUUUUAAGUGUAAAUCACAAAUCAUGCUUCUUCAAAUGGAUGAAAUUGGAAUCAAGCAUUUAGGAUCACAUAUGAACUCGUUCAUUUUUACAGAGCCACAGACUCUUUCUAAAACCCUGUGAACUUCAGCCACCUGCUGGUGAAAAGUAGUCAUUGCAACUCCAUUAAACUAACCCCCAUUGUAACCAGGUACCAUUCAGCUUUUAUUUUCAGAGAGCAGCUACUUCAAAAGCCGACAGUGUGGGAGAUGAGUAACAAUCAGAAUUCUGCAUUCUACAGUUCUGACUAAACAGAUACGCACACACACUCCAAACCAGCAAAUUACAGGCACAAAUGCAACUUGGCUCAGCAAUGUACCAGUCACAUCAUUUGUUCUAAGUCAACCCAAGUAAGAACUUAACAGGAUAUACUACAAGGCAUUUAUUGCUAUCUUCAUGAAAAACAGUGCAUUAAAACUCAGUAAUGCAUACCAGGUGCUCAACCAGCAAGUGAAACUGAACAAAAACAACUUUAUGUCGCAUACAGUGUACUGGAACACUGGUACUAUAUGUUUCGCACAAUGGACCAAAUGCAUGGAUGGAGAACAACAGCAGAGAGGUCUCAUUACUCCAAGAAUUGUCUCAUUUGUCCUCCUUACUCAGAGAAAAAGCCAAAAUGAAAAAGUUGUUCAAAUACAAAAUUUGCUUGCAACAUAUACAGAUCGUUUUUUUAAAGUUGUAAAUUGUGUAAAUUGUGUAAAUUGUCCUGAUUUCAGAUAAACAUUUUCACUGUGCAUAUUACAUGUGGUUUAGAUUGAUUGUCUUUCAUAAACUCACAAUGCAUAGGUGAACACAAGCUGACGUACUUUAGAGGUGCUUUGACAUGGUUAUUUUACAGUAACGGCCAUAUUUCAAUGUUUCAAAAAGUAACUAAAGCUUGGUCUCAAACAAAAUGAAAAUGUGCAAAGGAAUAAUUUUUCUCCUGAAGCAUUUCAGGAAAUUGUUAUUAUUCCUUUUUGUUUUUUUUUUGUUUUUUUUUUUUUUGUAGAAAAAAAAGAUAUUUGAAUGGCAUUCAGUAUUACUGUAUUUUUCAGACAGGUGAACUAAUUAAGUCUGUUCUGAUGAUGUCAUCUCCUAAAGUGGAUAUCACCCAAGUGUACAACUUUUCUGUCCCGCAAUCAUGUGUAAAUAUUAUAAUUAAUGUAGUAGUCACAGAUGAAAUCUACAAUUUCAGAAGUAUCAAAAAGAGUAAAUUAAAUAAAUCAGUUUAAAUUGUCUAAUGCAUACAUUCAACAUUUACAUAUAAUCAGCUACCAAGCUGUCUUUGUUAGACGUCAUUGCUGUACAUUCUGCCUCUUAAAGCAACUGCUACCUUGUGCAUUUGUACAGAAUCAUUGUCUAUAAUUCUGCAUCAGGGAAGCUGUUUGAGUGGUAUGUCUUUUUCUUUUAAUCCUCCCCCUGUAGCAUCAGUUGGUAAGAGCUUUCUCAACGAAAAAUGUGUAAAGUGAAGAAUCAGCUAAAUUUUUGCCACCAGAACAUUAUAAAGGGAUUUAAUCAGUGAGCUCUUAAAUCAGUAGUCAGUUUAAGAUGUCAGGGUUCUUUGGAAUUCGAUCCCUUGAUUUGAAAAGCUGAGUAUUACAAUAUCUUCAUAUAACCUUUCAUCAGAUUUGUUGAGUCUAGUGAGUUUAAUUGGCAAGUUCAAAGAGGUAUAAUCAAGAGGUUUUGUGCCGAUGGGAUAUUUCUAAAUCUAAAGUGUGUAAUUUGUGUGAUGUUACUUUCUCUUAUCCCAGCUUAAUUUGCAGAGUCAACUAUAUUUCCCAGUAAAGUGUAAAUACUGUGGCUAUAAACAUUACUCUGUUUGAGUGUCCCGCCAGCCAGACUCAGCAACAUUGACUGAGUUUGAGAAUGGUUUGAGAUUGGGAUGGGACUAUCUUUUUGGUCUACCAAUGGCAGAUGGAUGGAGUAUUUGGGAAAGCCUGGUUAAAAAGACCAGCUUAUGCAGUUCCCUGUACCAGUAGUGCUGGUUUAAAGCUUCACUCAGUAACUUUUGUCUUUGUGUCAUCCUGGACUUACACUGACACCUAGCGGCUUGGAUGCAGCAUUAUUUAAAAACAUUUAAAAAUAGUUUUAAGUUUCAGAUGCCAUUGUAGAAAUUUAGUAUUCACAGUCAGCCAUGAUUACUUUAAUCAAUGAGUGAAAGUGUCAAAUAACAGGAUGGUUACUGAGAUUAAGCGAGUAGUAUUCGGCUGGUCAUGUGAUUCUAACAUGGCAGCCCCCUCUCCAUGUAGAAUAAAACAGCUUUUAUAAGGUUACUGAUAUGACUGGAGUCUUCAUUUUAAUGUGAGUUGUCAUGAUUUCCUACAUAUAUUGCAAAAUUACAAUUACAAUGUUUUUAGGAGUUAAACUUUUUUUAAUGAGGAAAAAAAUUACUGAGUGCACCUUUAAUGCUAGUCUUUUUAGCAGGGAGUUGUUUGAAAACAUUAUUUUUGCAAUUUAGUUGGGUGAUGUAGAAAUGCAAGUUUAUAUAGAUGAAUUACUCCAAGUCUAAUGUUAAAACUCUUAUUAGCUUUAAAGCAGGCCUUUUUUUUGUAGUCAAAUAGUGGGAAUGUCUUGUUAGUUUUAAAAGCCCUUUAAGUAAUACAAUGCAAUACAAGCACUCCUUUCUGUGGCUACACUUAAUCCAAUUUUAAGUAGGAAGCCUUGACAUUUCAUAAUAAUCUAUAAUGAUUUGGGGCAGUUUAUGCCCUCUUGCAGAUAUUCUGCUGACAUAGGCUGGCCCAGAAGCUCCUGGCUAGAUAUUACCGACAAUUGUCAUGGAAAAUGAGUGAGGUUUUAAGAAUAAUAUGCUUUUCAGUUGUGCUGUGUAUUUUCAGCUUUUUUGUAUGUGUGUGAGUGAGUAUGCCAGGUUGUAUGUUUGCCUUCACACCAUUCCUUGCCAUUUUUGAUAUAAUGGAAAAUGUAAGUGUACAUUUAUGAAUGCUGCUCUUGAUGAUAGUCCCAUGUAAGGUUGUUUAAAAGAGACAUUUGUAAACUCAAGUAAGAGUUUUAAUGAAAAAUAAAAGUGUGUACACAAUACACAACUAGAGGGGGACUACAACACGGACCAUUCAUGUUGGUGCUACAAUAUGACUGUAUUUAACAAAUGAUGAUUUUAUGCAUACAUUUUUUCAUUGUUGUUUUUUUUUUUUUUUUUUUGCUUUAUUCAGUUUGACUUAAAUGUUGUGACUCUUGUAACUGAGGACAGGCUCUGUUUGUGAGGUUAAUAUAGAGCAAGGGUGUAGAUUCCUUAGGUAAAAUGUUCACGCCAAAUCUACGCCAUUGAUAUAGAGGAUUAUGAGAGAGUCCGAAUAAAGCAUAAUGAACACCCUAACCUGAACUCUAACUGUAUUUGUAGUUCUAUAUAUUGCUAUAUCACUGAAUAGAUUGCUGUUUGUAUUUCCUUUAUCUCUGCCGUUGCUUUUGUGCAAACAGACACAACUCAGUGCUAGCCAGAACCCACAUACAAAUGUUAAAUCAUGUACAAGGCCAUUAAACAAUUCAAAUAAAGUAUUUUCUGCACUCGAGAGAAUGCAGAGAGUA